AUGACUACUGGUGUGGCUAGAGUGGCUCAAGUGGCUCAAGUGGCUCGGGUCGGUGGUCGUGGGCCGAAUAUCUUCCUUGCACUUGCCUUUUUUGAGCCUAUUCACAUACCUACUUCGCCGAUUCUCUCGUAUCAGAGAGCGGGUUUCAUAAUGUUCAACUGGGCCAAGCAACAGCUUGCGAAUGUCGCCGGCACCGAGGAGCCCAUCUACGGCCCGUCAGCCAUCCAAACCGUCACUGAACAGGCCAAGACUACUCCCUAUACCGAGUUAAAGAAGGAACACCUGAGAUGGAAGGUUCAGGACUCGACCAAUGUUGAAACUCAACAGUUCUACCUGCUGUCAGAGGAAGGGCACAUCGGACUGGCCCAGGUCAUCUACAGCGAUGUCAUGGGCAUAAGGACUGCUGCUCAGUUCAACUCCAAAAUUAUCUAUCCCGACGGCAGGCCGAGCCUCUGGUGUUCAACACCCCUCAAGAACUAUGGGUUCUCAGACGACAAAUACUCUUUUCACGCAGACGGCUGCUCUUUGGAAUUCUCCGAAGACGGAACAUACUACACAAUAAAGUCUGCUACCAGCAAUGAUUGCCUGGUCAAUCUCAAAGUCUCAAGAGCUGCGCCAGGUUUUAUUGCUGGAGAAAAUGGCACUACUCACUUUGGCACAGACCCACAGAAACCAUGGGGUUCUAUGUGGCACAAAUUCUGGCCCGUGUGUGAGGUUGAGGGCAGCAUGAUCACAAAGUCUGGCGAGAUUAACUUCAAGGGCCGAGGCAUGUACAUUCACGCUCUGCAGGGAAUGAAGCCGCACCAUGCCGGCGCCAAGUGGAACUUCGUCAGCUUUCAGGGUCCCGAUUACUCCGCAGUCAUGAUGGAGUUCACUACUCCUGCAUCGUAUGGCACCACUGUCGUCAAUGUUGGGGGUAUUGCUAAAAAGGGUGAAAUCAUCUUUGCCGGAGCAUCAAACACUGCCAAGCACGUCAAGAGCAAGGUCGAUGACCUAAACAACUGGCCAGAGCCUAGUGAGGUUGAGUAUAAAUGGACUGGGAAGACUAAAGACGGCAAAGACGCGACUGCAGUAAUUGCCGGAAACCUUGGACCACGUACAGACCGCGUUGAUGUCAUGGCCGAGGUGCCAGCAGUCAUAAAGAGCCUUUUGGCCUCAGCUGCAGGCACCAAGCCAUACAUUUACCAGUUCACGCCUACACUCAAGCUAAAGAUGGACAUUGACGGCGAGACUAUCGAACAGGAAGGAAAGCUCUUCAUUGAAGCCACAUUUAUCUGCUGA